AAUUGAGCAGCACUUCCUUGCGUCGUAUUUCAAUUUGUUGUUCGGUGAUUCGAUUUGCCCCUUCUCCAUCAUUUCCUCAAAGUCGGAGCUCUCCUUCUCAAUCUAAUCAUUCUCUCCACCUCAGGCGCCAUAUCCAGAUCAGAAAAAGAGGCCUAGCUGCCCCGAACAGAAACACCAGUCGGAGGUCAGAGAGACCCUACUUCGGAUUCCUGUUCGCAUUCCAAGAUCUCCCUCCCUUGCUGCUACAGUUAAUCAUGGCGACUUCACGGCGUCUUCGCAGAGAAGACGACCUUCUUCGUUCUUUCCUAGAGCCUCCAGAAGGAGAUGGUGCUGAAUCCAAGGGGAUGUCUAUUGAGAAAAAGAUCGAGUUCCUUGAGAGCUUGACUGGAAAGGUGACAAAUCGAAGGUCUCGUAGGUGGUUAAAUGAUCGUCUCUUAAUGGAACUUGUUCCUCGACUGAAUGCUGAAGAAAUUAGAGGCUUGUUUGCUCCACCACCGUGGGGUGAUGAGGUUCCACCUUCAGCUUUUAGCAUGACAAAUGUGGAAGAGUGGGAUAGAUUUAGGAAUAUAGACAUGGAUAAAGAGGUUAAUAUUAUUCAUGCACUGGAAAGCUCUGUCACGAAGAAGAAAGGUCAUAUUGAUGCUGACAAGGGGGAAGUAUUGAAUGCAUGGCGUAGGGUGGAUUCCCGAACAAGAGAGGCACUUCGCCGCAGCUUUCUGUGGGAGCUGAUAAAUGGUUAUGAGGAAUGUAUACGGACUUUCGUCACUGGAAGCACGGAUCGGGAUGUUCUUGAACUACGCAUAGAAGAUCCUUUUCAUAGAUUACUGCUACAUGGCGUCUGUGAGUUCUACAACUUAGACUCCGUUACAGUGACAGAAGGAAAUGGAAUGGAGGCUUCGAAGGUGACAAUGAUAAAGAAGAAGAAAAAGGGUUCUCCAGUGCUUCCAAAUAUCACUCUUUCCCACUUCCUCAAAAUGUCCAAGGAAGGAAGUUGGUAACUGCACGAGGUAGGUUGAGGCAGAGAUGAUGCUGUACAUAUAUAAAAAGCUGCCCAUUAUACCUCAUUGUGAUUUAUUCAGUGUUGUUUCUAUGUAACAUUGCAAUUCAAUUGGUGUACCUGUAUACUAUUUAUCCAGCCUUGAUAUAAUCAGUCAACAACAGCAGUUGAUUGUUGGAUCAGGGAAGCUUACGAAACAAGCUAUUUAUAGAUGUCCCAGGUAGUUGAAACGAUGUUUACGUCUGCUUA